CCAUUGGGGCCGGGAGAGGUAGAGACCCCGGUGACAGCAAUGUUACCGCUCAUGGCUGCUCUCUCAGUUUCUCUGCUGAUAGAGUUCUUGGGUCUUUUGGAUGGUUUGGUAUGCUGAUACUGGAUUUUGUUCACAUACUCUCCGCAACUGAAGGCUCAAGACAAUGCCAAUGACCGACUCAGGAAGUUUUAUACUUUGGUCCACCGGUCAACUCGGGGCCUGCUUCGCACUUCGACCCCUCCCGCCCCUACCCCUCACGUUGAGGCGCAGGGCCAGACGGGCCAUCAGCGGGCGUGCUGAGUUGAGUGCGGUUGAGUGGUUGGAGGGUGUGUUGGUUGCGUGUUUAUGUGUGUACUACACUACAUAUGUGGUUUCUAGCUCAAACCAUUGGCUUAAAGCCUCGAUCGUCCAACGCCUCAGCUGUCAGCGCAAGAACCCGGUUAAAUCCCCCUUGAGUUGUCCUGAUUUGGAAACCUCCCCACGGCUUAGCCCGACUGCUUGAGUUGGGCUUGACUGUAGUUGGUAGAGUGUCGAUGGCCUGCAUAUUUGGCGUAGUGUUAACCACUUAAUCCCCUCUUCAACAGCCUAGCGCUAGCCUAAGACCGCCAUGGAGAGCUGUAUGUAGACAAUCACUAGCGGAAGCAAC